AUGAACAGCACAUCGGUCAGUAACAGUUCUACGGACGUCUCGCCCGACCUGCCGAGGACAGGGGUACCGUUCGGACAGAUGGUCGCCUACAUUGUCAUACAGAUCUUUUCCAGCAGUACGUACAACUUCGUGUAUCGGAUACAAAUCGGCAACAUUCUGAUGUUGGGUGCUGUGCUAAUGUACAAACCACUGCGAAAAUCUGGCAACAUCUUUAUCGCAGCUCUGGCCAUUGCUGAUCUUUGGGUGACCGGAUACAUCACACCUAUGGGAAUUGCAGGAUUUCUCAAGCAGGGGGUGUUGACAGGGUCGAAGAUUCUGUGCACGUUCACGGGAGCCGCAUGCAUGAACGUGUGCAACGCCUCGCUCUUCACACUUAUGGUCAUCAGUGUCAGUCGUAUGUUCGCCAUUUGCUACCCCAACGUCUACGGACGCGUGUUCACGUCGAGCAAAUGCGUCGCCAUCGUCGUUGUCACCUGGUUUGCCGUCUUCGUCAUGAAUCUGCCGGCGUUCUUCUACGACAACAGCUUCUGGUUUGAGCCCCGUUCGCAGUCGUACCUGUUGAAUUGGUACACGAGUCCGCUACACCGCCACCUGUGGGCAGCGCUCUGUCUAGCCUGUAGCCGUGACAGCCAUCUGUUACAUGAAGUCUCAGCUGGAGGUGCGGUCCAGCCGAAAACGAAGACGUCUACGGCGUCGACCGAACUCGCACGAACCCUCUGCACGAUCUUCGUCGUGUUCGUAAUCAGCUGGACACCGAUGGUCUUUGACUUCUACUUCGAUCCCAACUACGACUGGCCGGCGCCAUUUUUUCUCUUCGCGAUCUUUAUGACGCACGUAAACAGCUGCGCCAACCCGAUCGUCUACGGCGUGACCAACAGACAGUUUCGUGCUGGCUUCAGACACGUUCUGUGCCUGGGCGGGCGCGGUGGGGAUCAGUCCGCUAACAUGCAAAACACGUCGCAUGUUGGGUUGAGAAGCGGGCGCGUUGGGAAUCAAUCUGCUAGCAUGCAAAAUACGUUGCAUGUUGGGUUGAAAGACGGGCGGCUGACGCCCCGCAGCGGGAUAGCCUUCACAGCUGCAUCUAGCAACACGGUUACAGUAAACGAAAAAGUUUAG